UCUGACAGGAUUAUGGGAGUUUUCUAAAUUGAGCAGCAGGCUGACAGAGGAGAGAAGAUACUAUACACCAGACUGUAGCUGUUUUAAAAACACUUGUGUUCAUUUCACUCUCUGGAUCUGAUGGUGACUUUAGCCCCGUGAUUGUCGGAUUAAAUUCCCAUCAUCGCUGCUGCUGCUGCUGCUGCUUCAAUCCUCAUGUGGUUCCUCAGCACGCGCUCAUUUCUCUGAAGCCGCUCCUCGGAUCCCUCUGUCGGCACAAUGACUCGGAUUUUCUGGGAUGCCAUAUUCCUAAUAAGCGGUUCCUUCUUCUCAUUUGGAGCAGGGCCCAGCGGUUCAUCUGUAAUUGAAGGCAAUAUUUCUAUUACCUCUGCUCCAGGCACAUCCAGUCACAGCUCUAUGGUUAUCAGUGACAAAGGCAAUACUACAGCUAACUUUCUUACAGUAAAAAGUUCUCUUGAUUCAUCAGAAGCGGAGCAAAGAAAUACAACAGUAAAAAAUUUUACAGCUACUCUUAAUUCCUCUGCUGCUGUUACUUAUAUGACAAGCAGCUCCUCGGCGACCAGCAGCACAAGUUUGACAACCAGAAAACCUGCUGCAACGACCAGCAAACAUCCAGUUAAAAAGUUUGUGGCUGCGGCUGUUCGCUCUCAUUUCAGCGACUGUCCUGACUCCCAUCAGCAUUUCUGCUUUCAUGGCACUUGCCGCUUCCUGAUUCUGGAGGAGACGCCUGCAUGUGUGUGUCAUCCAGGAUUUGUUGGGAUGAGGUGUGAACAUGCAGACCUGCUCGCUGUGGUAGCAACAAACCACAGAAAGCAGGCCGUGGCCACAGCUCUGGUCCUGUGUGUGAUCGGCUGUGUCCAUCAUGGUGUUGUGUUCUUUCUUGCACUGCUGGUGGAGGGAGGACUGCCGGAGGCAGAGCCGAUCACAUCUCUAUCUGGCAGAAAAGCACGGAGUGGCAUGCUAUCCCCCUGAGAGUGGUACUUAUCCCUCUUUCUUUAUGUGGUUUGACAAGACAUCUUGCUGAAGAACCGUUUGAAACGUGCAUUUCUCGUCUGCAUGGUGCCUCUGACUUCGGAGAUUCAUCUCAAUCAAUCCAGAACAUCAAAGGCAACAUGCUGUUUUAUUUAAUGUUACUAAACUAGGGAUUUUUCACAUUGGAGAAGAGUUGCUCUGGUAUAUGUAUACACUCCCCUACAUCUGCUUACAAUGACUGGGCCUUUCAGACUGCAAAAGACAGAUGCGUUCAUUUUACCCUUACCCUGAAAUACGCUCAGAUCCCCAACAGUCUAUCUGCAUCUUAAACCAUGCAUGGAAAAGAGCUCCAUGUACUGAUCACUGCUUUGGAUGACCUAGAGGACAUCAUCUUCACUGACUCUGCUGAUUAGCCAACCAUUUUUAAAGGUGGACGGCAAUGAGUUCUCAUAAUUCAGAGGACCGCAGUUCCUAUUUUUUUUUUUCCUUUUAUCAUCUGUGCACGUUUUCCUUCAGAACUUGUUAAGCACGAACAACAUUUUUAGUAACCGAUGGUGCAGGAAAAAUGAUGCUUUGAUCAUGUUUUAGUGUCUUUUGUUUUUUAUAGGAGGAACUCACUUUACCAGAUAGAAGUAGGAAUUGUCUAACUGGUCUGAAUGAUGUCUAAUUUCCUGGACUCUAACUUUUAUAAACGAAUAACACAACUGAAAAAUGUUCUUAUGUAACCUGAAGGAAACUAGAUUUUUUUUUUUCAACAUUUCAGAGGUUAUCAGUUUAUUGUAAUUCCUAAGCUGCACUUGAACAUAUUCUGUUUUUUUUUUAGAUUGGGAGCUGUAACUGUACCAUUAUGUUAAUCCUGGGAGGCCACUUUUUUAUCCUAAGCUGCUUUUAUAAAGGUGUACUUUUAAGUUUGCCUUUUUAUAAACUUUACACCCUGCACAUUGUUGUCCUUUAAAAUAGCAUCGAGGCGUGGAGAUGCCAAAAAAAAAAACGCUAACUGCCUGAAUGAGCACUAAUGGGAAGAAGCACUAUUUAUUCACAUUGUCUUAGGAUGCAUACGUGUAUAAAGUGGAAACAACAACAUCAAAAUUAUUACUGUUACAGCUUUUGUUCUACUUUGACUUUACUACUUUUUUUUUUUUUUUUUUAAAGCCUCUGAAUGCUUGAAGAAAUCUUUAAAGGAAUUGAUAUCGGCAUACCUGAAUAUAUAUUUUUGUGUAAGAAAAAAAAAAAAGUUCAAUAAAUAUUGGGUAUUUGAUUGCCAAAAGAAAUCUAAAAAA